AUGGCGGAACCACAGCCUGACCUGGAGCCACCCCAACAUGGGCUGUACAUGCUCUUCCUGCUUGUGCUGGUCUUCUUCCUCAUGGGGCUCGUGGGCUUCAUGAUCUGCCACGUGCUCAAGAAGAAAGGUUACCGCUGCCGCACGUCCAGGGGCUCGGAGCCCGAUGACACCCAGCUCCAGCCCCCUGACGACGAUGACAUGAAUGAGGACACAGUAGAGAGGAUUGUUCGCUGUAUCAUCCAAAAUGAAGCCAAUGCUGAGGCCUUGAAGGAGAUGCUGGGGGACAGUGAAGGAGAAGGGACAGUGCAGCUGUCCAGUGUGGAUGCCACCUCCAGCCUGCAGGAUGGAGCCCCGUCCCAUCAUCACACAGUGCACCUGGGCUCUGCAGCCCCUUGCAUCCACUGCAGCCGCAACAAGAGGCCCCCGCUGGUCCGUCAGGGACGCUCCAAGGAAGGAAAGAGCCGUCCCCGGCCUGGGGAGACCACCGUUUUCUCUGUGGGCAGGUUCCGGGUGACACACAUCGAGAGGCGCUAUGGACUGCAUGAGCAUCACGAUGGCUCCCCCACAGACAGGAGCUGGGGGUCUGGUGGAGGGCAGGACCCAGGGGGCAGUCAAGGGUCUGGGGAAGGGCAGUCCAGGACAGGGAUGCCAGCCAUUGAAAGCCUGCCCCCUGAGGGGCCACAGCCUCAGGCCCCUGCCAGCCCCGCAGUGCAGAACGGACUCAGGGACAGCAACCUAGACCCGUGUGCACUUGGAGGGAGCCCUGGAGCCUCUGCAGAGUCACCGCUGGCGGCUGGAGGGAGGGGCCCAAGCCCAGGGCUGGCCAGCCAAGGGGCAAAUGGACAGCCGAGCAAACCGGACUCGUCCGAUCGCCAGGUGUCUCCAGCACGGGGACCAAAAGGUGUGUGA